AUGAAACAAAGACUGGGUGCGUUGGAUAUUCAAUUGCUAGUCCCUGAACUGUCGACUGCUUUAGAAUCAUAUCGGCUAAAUAAUAUCUACAAUGUUGCUGAUUCCAGUAGGCAGUUCCUACUGAAGUUUAAUAAGCCUGAUUCCAAAAUCAAUGUGGUUGUCGAUUGCGGUCUAAAAAUUUAUAUGACUGAAUUUUCUAGGGACAUCCCUCCUGUACCAUCCGGGUUUGUUGUCAAGUUGAGGAAACACUUAAAGGCAAAGAGACUGACGGCUUUGAGACAGGUGCUCGAUGAUAGGAUUAUAGUUUUACAGUUUGCAGACGGCAAAAAUUACUUGGUUUUAGAGUUUUUCAGCGCUGGGAAUGUUAUCUUGUUGGACGAGACUCGGAAAAUACUUUUGGUACAAAGGGUUGUCCAUGAGCACCAAAAUAGAGUUGGGGAGACAUAUAAUAUGUUUGAUGAAUCUCUGUUUUCUCGCACAAAUAUCGAUCACAGAAUGGAGCAUUUUGAAUUCGAUGCUAAUACUGUGAGAACGUGGUUAGAUGCCGAACUGCAAAACGAUGUUAUUCCUAGCGCUAGUGGCCCGGCAGGUGAGGGGCAAAAGCGUAAAAAAAGAUCUAUCCACAGAGUGUUAUUGGGUCAUGUCCCGUAUUUCUUAUCCGAUCUUUUGUCGAAGCGGUUGAAAGAGAAAGAAUUUGAUCCGGCAGGGUUGUUUACUGAUUUUGUUGAAAAGACUGAUACGAUUUCCGAGAUUCUGAAAGACGUUCAACAAGAAUAUCAGGAACUGUUGACCACAACAGAAAAUUGUGGCUAUAUUGUGGCAAAGAAGAAUCCCAAUUUUGAACCUUCUAGAGAUCAGGAAGACUUAGAAUAUUUUUUUGAAAAUUUUCACCCCUUCAAACCGUUUAUAAAGGAAUGCGAGAGGUCCAUUUUACACGUCCUUAAAAUUGAAGGUACUUAUAAUCGGACAGUCGAUAAAUUUUUUUCCACUUUAGAAUCGUCGAAGUAUGCCAUGAAAAUUCAAAAUCAAGAGACGUUAGCUGGAAAAAAGCUAGAGGAGGCAAGGUCUGAAAAUGGAAAAAGAAUCCAGGCCCUAAUUGACGUACAGUCCCAAAAUGAGCAAAAGGGUCACUUGAUUAUUACGCAUGCAGAAUUGGUUGAAGAUGCCAAAGGGGCAGUACAAGGGCUUUUGGAUCAACAGCUUGAUUGGAAUAUUAUUGAAAAACUGAUAAUCACUGAACAGAAGAAGGGAAACAAAAUUGCUAAAGCCAUCAAACUCCCCUUGAAAUUGAAAAAGAAUACAAUCGUCUUGGAGCUUCCUUUAGAAGAUAAUAAUGACACCGAGGAUGACACCGAGUUGUCGGAAGAAGUUGAUAGCUCUGACAUAUCCAGUUCGGAGCUUUCGAGCGACGAAGAAAGUGACCAGGGAUCUACACAGCAUCAGCAUAGGAAAUCCAAUAGAAUUCGAGCUCUUAAACCUACAACUGUUUCAGUUGACAUCAAAUUGGACCUUUCGACUUAUGCUAACGCCUCUGAGUACUUCAUGGUGAAAAAGCAUACCGUUGAAAAGCAAAAGAAAGUCGAACAAAACCUUGACAAGGCGAUGAAAAACAUCGAAACCAAAGUUAACAAACAAUUGAACAGUAAACUGAAGGAAAGCCAUAAAGUUUUGAAGCGAUUGAGAACGCCAUACUUUUUUGAGAAAUAUAAUUGGUUUAUUUCAAGCGAAGGCCAUUUGGUUCUCAUGGGUAAGAGCGAUAUUGAGACCGACCAACUUUACAGCAAGUACAUUACCCCUGACGAUAUCUAUGUCUCUAAUGAGUUUGGUUCCCAUGUAUGGAUUAAAAAUCCAAAGAAGACUGAAGUUCCUCCAAAUACCAUUAUGCAAGCAGGGAUUUUUGCUAUGGCAGCAAGCGUAGCGUGGUCAAAGAAACUAUCAUCCUCUCCGUAUUUUUGCUCGGCAUCGAACGUUAGUAAAUUCAGUGCCAAUGAUAACACUGUCCUUCCCCAAGGCUGUUACCGUUUGAUAGACGAACGGGAGAAAGUUGUUCUUCCUCCUGCUCAGCUUGUAAUGGGUUUGGGGUUUUUCUGGAAAGUGAAAGUGGAUGAUGCAUCCGAAGAAAGUGAAGAUGAUGAAAUGGAAGGGGAUGAAGAGAAUGAUGUGGUCGCUAAAUUAGAGGAAGAAAUACCUGCCACACACCAAGAAAAAGUCACCGACGACGGAGGUAAUUCGGUCGCUGAUGAUUUGAAGGAUACCACCAUGGGAAUUGAGAAAGAGAUUGAAGAUAUGAAAGUCUCAGCUGACAACGAUGAUAAAGAAGAAGGGUCAGCGACAGGUAGUUCCGGUUCGAUCCCAGAGAAUAUGAGUGUUGCUGAGACAAUCGUUGGAGACAUAAAAAAGAAUGUGCGCGGUAAAAAGGGGAAGCUAAAGAAGAUGCAAAGGAAAUACCGCGAUCAGGAUGAAAAUGAAAGGCUUUUGAAACUUGAGGCUUUGGGGACCCUAAAGGGAAUUGAAAAGCAGAGAAAGAAGGAACAGGAGGAGCUCCAAAAAGAACAAGAAAGAACAUAUAAAAAGGAACGGCGGGAAAGACAAAGGGAACAGCAGACUCUGCAAUUUACACAAAAGAAAAAGGUGAAGAUCAACUACGACAAGUUCGAGAAGGAACUAAAAAGUAGCUUGAGUAACGAAGAUGAGAUACUGGAUAUUGUACCUGUCUUUGCUCCUUGGCCCGCUCUAGCAAAAUUCAAAUACAAGGUUAAACUUGUACCCGGGAGCGCUAAGAAGACCAAAGCAAUGACUGAAAUGUUGCACUAUUUUUUGAAUAGAGAAGUUGAUACAUCAUGCAUCGACAAGUUGUUAGACUGGCCCAAAGAACAUGAAGUAAUCAAAACUUUGACUGCGCAAGAUUUGGUUAUUCGUUUAUGUGUUGAUAAAUUAAACUUAUUGCUGCCUAGCUCCAGCAAGAAAAAAGUUAGAAGUUCGAAAGGUAAGGCUAGCAAACACAAUUCAAAGAAAAAAUGA